AAGAAAGAAAAAAAGUUGACAUUUUUAUCAUCAAAACUAGUUUGAGGAGAGAGAAAGUAGAGAGAGAGAGGGGGGAUGCAGAAACAGUACAUUAGGGUUAGGGUUUGAAGCAAUGGACUCCCCUGAAAAAGUCAAGACUUCCACCUCCAUUGCAGCCGCCACUACCUUGCCAUCAGACUCUGUUGCAGCCCCCGAUUCAACUAUAUUUGGUUACAUUAGCAACCUGUCCCCUAUAAAGCCUGUGAAGGCAGCACCUGUGGUACCAGGCUUCCCAAGUCUUAAUUCUCCUCCUAUUGUAUUCACAUCACCUCAUCUUAAUCCUCUUUGUGAAACAACUUAUUUGAAAAGGUCUCAAUGCCCUCAACUGUCUUGUGAAGAAUUAUGCCAACAGGAUAUUAGCGACAAUAAAUUUGAGAUAGGUUCUAAUGAACUUGAAAAAUCUAAAACCCAAAGCAGCAGUACGUUGAUCCCUUGUGUUGAGAGAGAAUGUGAUACUAAGGGCUCUGUACCAGACCAGGCUGCUAGUCCCCCGGAAUGUAUUGACAAAUACUUGGCUGAUACUGUGGAGGUCAAUUGUGAAAACUCUGCACAUUCAGCCAAUUUAAGUUUGAUACAAUCUGAUGAUGAUAUGCCUCAAUCAAUAAAAGAUUUUACCGAUUCAAAACUUGAUGACGAAAAUGAUAUUAGACAAGAUGCUGAGAUAUUGAUGGGUGCUUUUCCAGCCACGCCAGAGCUGGCUGGGCAGGACUUUCAAGGAAAGUCAUCAUUCAAUGAUGAACCUGUUGAAACUGAUGCAAAGCAGGGAGGCAGUGAGAUGCCUUCUUGUGAAUGCCCAAAAGUUGAAUCUGGUUUGUCUGUAGAACAACAGUGUGAACUUUCAGUGGCCCAGCAUGCUGGAGCUGUUCAUGAGGAUGAAUUAGGUUGUGCAUCUCAGUUUCUGCCAGAAUCUUUGCAGCCCAGUCAGGGAUAUGAAGAUUGCAGUGAGAUCACUGGAGAAGCCUCAAAUAAAAUUGCUGACAAUAUUGUCUUGCAUGAUCCCAAGGGUCAACACUAUAGUGGCAUGCGUAGACGCUGUCUUCGGUUUGAAGAGGCUCGAGGGAAUAUUGUGGAAAACAGCCCUGGUUCAAGGGGCUCAUCAAACGUUGUAACUAGUUCAAGUUUACCUGCUAAUCUUGCAGACAUGGAGGUUUUUGAAUCAUCUAGUCUAGAAAUAAGUGCAACUUCCAGUGGCAGGCAUCUGAUUAACUUGACCCAACCCAUAAUUUCUGUGAUUCCUCCUAGAAACAAUGGAAAUCCUAGAUCAUCAAUUUCCAAGCCAUCGGGUAUUGGUUUACACUUAAAUACAAUUGUUAAUGCUAAGCCAAUGAGUUGUGGUGUUAGUGGAAGCAUGCAAUCAGCCGAGAAAGGUUACCUGAAUGUACAAGAUGGGAAGUUGGUAUCUAAUAUGGACUGUCAUCAACCAGAAAGCACAAAGAAUAGCUCAAUUUUAUCUAAUGUGAGAGAAAAACUUCCAGUGAGCAGUGAAGAUUGUAGUCAUGAAACUCAGGUCUCAGUCGCAACUAGUUAUCUUCCUUCUCAAUAUCUCCAAAUUGUGAAAUCUUCAACUGAUAUUGCACCAUUGAAGCAAAUUGAGUACGAGACAACACUCUGUGACAAAAGGAAGUCCAUCUCCAAACAUGCUCAUGCUGUUGAGUCGUCGAACCUAUCAAGCCCCAAAAAGAAAAGGAAGAAGGCAUCAGCCACCAAUGAUGGUGAUGGUUGCAAGCGUUGCAAUUGCAAGAAGACUAAAUGUUUGAAACUUUACUGUGACUGUUUUGCUGCUGGAAUCUAUUGUGCUGAACCUUGUGCUUGCCAAGGGUGCUUUAAUAGACCUGAAUAUGAAGAUACAGUUCUUGAUACUCGGAAACAAAUUGAAUUCCGAAAUCCACUUGCAUUUGCCCCAAAGAUUGUACAGGGUCUCACUGACUCCUCUGCAAACAGUAUUGGGGAGGAUGGGAAUUAUUCAACACCAUCCUCAGAAAGGCACAAAAGAGGGUGCAAUUGCAAGAAGUCGAUGUGUGUGAAAAAAUACUGCGAGUGCUAUCAGGCUAAUGUCGGAUGCUCUAGUGGAUGUCGGUGCGAAGGAUGUAAAAAUGUCUAUGGUAAGAAGGAAGAAUAUGGCAUGACCAAGGAUGUUUUGAGCGAAGGACCUGUCAACGAAAGAUUUGAAAGCACAUUUGAUGAGCUGGAAAUGGCGGCAAGUCGAGAUGGUUUAUUGCAGACUGAGCUGUGUAAUCUUGACAACUUCAUACCUCCGACACCAUCAUUCCAAUUCUUGGACCAUGGAAACUGUGCACCAAAAUCCCGGUUUUCUACCAGAAGAUGCCUCCCGUCACCUGAAUCCAAUCUUACCUUGCCAAAAUCACUUGAAACUUCUGAUAAUAACCAUGACCUGCUACUGAAAGCUAGGAAAGACAUUCAAGGUAUAGAUUAUUAUUGUCAGGAAUUGGAUUUUAGCAAUGCAGAGACAGUGAAUGAAUUGUCACCAAGAUAUGAUGGGCUUUCCAAUAUGUGUGACCUCAGCACACUGCCUAAUCCUCCCUCAACAGCCAUGGCAUAUUCGGCAUCAUCAAAAAUUAGUGAUUGGACAACUAUUUCAAGAGCCCAAUUAUGUGCUAGAAGUGGCCAUUUAUCAUCAGUGAGUUCCUUUCAUUGGCGUGGUUCACCAAUCACCCCUGUUGCUCAAUUUGGUGGGACCAAACUUCUCGGAGCAGUUGAAUCUGACAAAAAGCAUCACGAUAUACCGGAAGAUGACACGCCUGAGAUACUGAAGGACACUUCUACCCCUCUCAAGGCAGUGAAAGUUACUUCCCCAAAUAAAAAGCGUGUUUCUCCUCCCCAUCGUCGCUUGCAUGAGCUUGGAUCUAGCUCCUCAGCAGGCUUGAGAAGUGGUCGAAAGUUCAUAUUGCGGGCUGUGCCUUCUUUCCCACCUCUUACGCCAUGCAUUGAUUCCAAAGACAGUAGCAGUCAGAAUAUAAAUGAUCCUCUAGAUUGUAGUAGCAAGAAAUGACAAUCAAUCGAGUUGCUUCAGAGAACAGUCAGAAUAUAAAUGAUCCUCAAAAUUGUAGAAGCAAGAAAUGACAAUCAAUAAAGAACUCAAGUGCGAAGUGUUAGAAGGCUGAUGCACAAAGAUGAAAAGUUUUCCAUACUGCUACCAUUUCUUCAUAUGUAGCCUGUUCUUUUUUUCUUUUUCUUUUUUUCCAUUUUUUUUCCUGUUUUUUUUUUUAUACAUCAGAGACCAUAGCCAGAGGGAGUCUUUCUUUGUCUUUUAGAAUUACUUAUUAUUAUUAUAUAUAAUUUCGAUUUUGCUUGCAAAACACCCAAAUGGGUUAUGUCCUUACUGUAUUGAAGGACAACUAAAGUUCUGAUCCAUUGAAUAGGCAUAGAAUAAGUAAAUCUUCUAAUUUUGAAGAGAGUGGAAA